GUCGUGUAUUUAGUUGAUCUUCUUUGACUUGGACAGUAUAUUUACAGCAUUUCUACAGCUGUUUUAUGUCUUACUUCAUUUAUUCUCCCUUAGUGUGUUAAUGAAAUUCCAUUACCUUCAUUGUAGUAGUUUGCCAUAAAAAUAUGCCUUCACGUGAUAUUAAUUCUGUAGACAAACUUAGUAACCAUAGACUUUGUUGCUCAUUUUAAUCAUUAAUACUUUAGUUAGAUUUUUUACAGUUAGCAAAUGUAAUUUCUGCACAUUUUUCAGUUUCAUUGAAGGUCCCAGUGUGGUUUUCUUUGGAGGGACUUGCAUCCAGCUACAAUCGUUGUCUCUGUCCUUGGUGCUGACAUUUUUUAAGGUCUUUUUUUAUUUUUAGUGUGACUUUUCUGUGUUAUGCUGUUGCCUUUCAUUGAUAACUGCUGUUGUAUCAAACUGAAAAUGUUCGUUGCUUACAUCUUGCUGUGAUGCUGUAGCAUUAGUUUACUCCAUUGAGUCAGAAGUGUUAAAUUUAGUGUGAAUGUCAUCUUGUAUGUGGAUAUUUAGUGUCAAGUAAGAUAAGCAAACCCUAGCCUCAUCAAUCAUUUUGUUUUAAUGGUUAUGUGUUACUAGGUUUAUCCUGUUUUUUUUAAAUUUUAACAUUUUAAAUAUCCUUGCAGGUUCACUUUUUAAAGUUUAUUUUUUUAUUUUGAACAUGACCAUUUCCAAAGAUUUGUGAUUGCAAGUUCGUUAAAUUUUAUUUUGUCUGGACAAUGUGUUGUCCAUUAAAACUAAAGUGCAAACAUAGUCAUGCAGAUGCUCUUGCAGACUUGAACAAAAGUAUUGCUUUAUUAUUGUAAGAUAGUUUUGCGUUUGAUGUAACUUUUCCAAAUUAGAUCGGCGUUUCUCCUCCACCUUUAUAGCAGCUGUUGAUUACUGUUAUUUGUUUUAAGGUUUGCCAUAAAGGAGAAUUACCAUUCAGGGAAAUACAUCAGCUGAAUUUGUCCUUAGUUGUGAGUGACGAGCUACUUCUGUUUGAGUGCUCUCUGAAGUUUGUAGUUGUCAAUACUGGGGUCCAGCACAGAUGGAAUUACUUUAUGAUUUUUACUGCGUGCUCGCGUCAACAGUUGUUUAACAAAACAAAUCUGUGUCUAGUGACUCUGGACUCUGGAGUGUUGAUCGUGGUUUAUGAUAAAGUGAGUGGUUCCUUUGACCGACUCGAUCUUUUACACGUGUAUAAAAAAUGAAUCGUGUUUUACCGAAAAAACUCUCAUGGUGUCAGUGUGUACCAGUAAAUGAGUAAGAACAAUCACUCCUCCACCCUUAUGUCUCAACGAAUCGUCAGCCUGCAUUCCGCCUGGAAAGUCUAAAUCGUCUUCGUUCGUGACUCGUGCAACAUAUUCGUUACUGUUGGAUAAAUUUGCUGGCAACUUGCUCUUUUUCGACCAACUUGUGUUUGAACAUAUAUAUUUUUUGUGGUGAUGGAAUACAACCGGUUUUCGGUGAAUUACGGUUUUGCGUUUAUUCUUCUUCUCCUCCACCCAGUUAUCGGAGAUGUGAGCUACUCCAUUCCAGAGGAGAUGAAACGUGGAUCUGUAAUUGGUAAUGUAGCAAAGGAUCUAGGACUUGAUUUGAGCCGACUGUCCGCUCGAAAGGCUCGUAUCGAUACAGAGGACAGCGGUGCGAAGUAUUGCAGUUUAAAUCUCAACACCGGGGAUCUGAUUGUUAAUGAAAGGAUCGACAGAGAGGGGCUUUGUGCGAAGAGGCCCUCCUGUGUUCUCCAACAGGAACUUGUCCUGGAAAACCCGCUAGAGCUGCACCGUAUUAGUGUCCUCGUUCAAGAUGUUAAUGAUAAUUCACCGCAGUUUAAGGAGGAUUCCCUUAAAUUUGAAAUACGUGAAUCAGCUGUGAAGGGUGCACGUUUUCAGUUAGACGAAGCGCACGAUGGAGACAUCGGACAAAACGCUGUUCAAGGCUAUUCACUACAACAGAAUGACCAUUUCAAAUUAAAUCUAAAGACGAAGGCCAGUGGUAGAAAAUAUGGUGAACUAAUCUUAGAUACGGAGUUAGACAGAGAGGACAAAGGGGAACUGAUUCUUUUGCUUACAGCAUUGGAUGGUGGCUCCCCUCAGAGAUCAGGCACCGUAGUUAUACACGUCACUGUGCUGGAUGCUAAUGAUAAUGUACCAGUGUUUAGUCAGAGCGUUUAUAAAGCAAGUCUGCCUGAAAACUCUCCUUUGGAAACGUUAGUGAUCACAGUGAGUGCAACUGAUGCAGACGAGGGAUUGAACGGUGAAAUAAUCUAUGGAUUUGACCAUGUAGCAGAUGACAAGCAAGUUUUCAGUUUAGACCCUAAAACAGGAAACAUCAAAGUGGCUGGAUUUAUUGAUUUCGAAAAGGAAUCUUUAUAUGAAAUGCAGAUUAGUGCAAAAGAUGGUUUGGGACUGGCUUCGUAUGCAACUGUAACAAUUGAAAUAACGGACAUAAACGACAAUGCUCCAGUGAUUUACAUGAAAUCACUGACGAUGCAAAUACCGGAGAAUGUGUCACCUGGUACAGAGGUGGGCAUCAUUAACGUACAGGACAGAGACUCUGAGAACAACAGACAGGUUCGCUGCUCCAUCCAGCAAAAUGUUCCAUUCAAGUUAGUUCCAUCCAUCAAAAAUUAUUAUUCUCUGGUGACCACAGGACAACUGGACCGUGAACUAGUGUCUGAUUACAACAUUACCAUCAGUGCCACUGACGAGGGUUCUCCUCCUCUGUCCUCCUCUAAAACCGUUCACUUAUCUGUAGCUGACGUCAACGACAACCCACCUGUGUUUGAGGAACAGUCCUACAGCGCAUAUGUGAGUGAAAACAACAAACCUGGCUCCACCUUAUGUUCCGUUGCUGCUCGAGACCCGGACUGGAGACAGAACGGUACCGUGAUCUACUCUCUGUUACCUGCUGAGGUGAACGGUGCCCCGGUGUCGUCCUAUGUGUCAGUGAACGGAGACACGGGGGUGAUCCACGCUGUGAGGUCGUUUGAUUACGAACAGUUCCGGAGUUUUAAAGUGCACGUGAUGGCCAGAGACAACGGUUCUCCUCCUCUCAGCAGCAACGUGACCGUCAGUGUGUUCGUGUCGGAUGUGAACGACAACUCUCCUCAGAUACUGUACCCCGCCCCGGAGGGCAACUCGUUCAUGACCGAGCUGGUCCCCAAAGCUGCACACGGAGGCUCUCUGGUGUCCAAAGUCAUAGCGGUGGACGCGGACUCCGGACAGAACGCCUGGCUGUCCUAUCACAUAGUCAAAUCCACUGAUCCGGGACUUUUCACCAUCGGUGUCCACAGCGGAGAGAUCAGGACGCAGAGGGACGUUUUAGAGUCUGACAGCAUGAAGCAGAACCUCAUUGUGUCGGUGAAAGAUAACGGACAGCCCUCUCUGUCUGCCACCUGUUCCAUGUAUUUACUGAUCUCUGAUAACUUGGCUGAGGUGCCAGAACUGAAGGAUAUUUCUUACGAUGAGAAGAAUUCCAAGCUGACGUCGUAUCUGAUCAUUGCUCUGGUGUCGGUGUCCACGUUUUUCCUGACCUUCAUCAUCAUCAUCCUGGGUGUGAGGUUCUGUCGUAGGAGGAAGCCCAGACUGUUGUUUGACGGAGCAGUAGCCAUCCCCAGCGCUUAUCUCCCUCCUAAUUACGCAGAUGUUGACGGCACAGGAACUUUACGCAGCACUUACAACUAUGACGCCUACCUGACAACAGGCUCUAGAACCAGUGACUUUAAGUUCGUGUCAUCCUAUAAUGACAACACGCUGCCUGCUGACCAGACUCUGAGGAAGAGUCCUUCAGACUUUGCUGAUGCUUUUGGAGAUUGCGAUGGUUCUCCUGAGGUAGGAACAGAUGUUUUUGCCCAUUAUUUUCGUGAAGUUGCAUUUGUUCCUCUUCUCAACAAAUACGUUCUGUCUCAGUCACUGUGGUUCGCGAUUUUAAGACUUUUUCAACUGUAGUCGGACUUUGCUGAAGCCUUUGAAGAUCCCGAUGGUUCCGCUGAGAUAGGCGCUUGCUUUGUCACGUAUCCGAAAUAAGGUACAACAAUUUUAAAUGUACAAACGACCAACCGACUGCGUUACCUUUAGUCGAUCAGGUUCAGUUUUAUUUGGUCUGAUUCGUGCCUUUGUCCUUGAUGCUAAUUCUUAAAUAGCUACUUUGUUGUAGUACGUGUUCACGUUUACUUCUUAGUCCGUCAGACUUCGCUGAUGCCUUUGGUGUUUCUGUUGGUUCUCCUGAUGGAGGUUUGUCUAACACGUGCUUUCUUUCCUUUCAAGUUUUUAAGCCCUUGUAGUUUAUCUUUACAUAUUUUAAGUUUAAAUUUAUUGUUUAUGUUGAAUUUUGGACUUGGCCAAAGUGUUCCAUCAAUGAAAUUUUGUUGCACUCAAACGUCUGACCUUAUGUGAACUCACAAUUAGCUUAAAUCAAACUUUCCAUUUUACGUCUGGUUCGUGUAAAUAUAGCUAUGAAUUAGUUGUUAACUAUGUCAACUCCUCCUCCCCCAAAAUGAACUAUGUAACCACCACAUAUUUACAGUAUUUAAUUGUCCACAAAUGUAUUUAGGAAAAUGUAACUGUACUUCGUUGUAUUGUUCAUGUCCCGCUAUAGUGUCCCUUUCAACGUUCCCUCGUCAUGUUUCAGCUGUCCAUGGUGCUAAACAAUUUUACUGUAUUUCCAAGUUCAUAACCUGUUACCCUCCUAAUUUUUCGUAUUAUCUAAAAUUUACAACAUUUUCU